AGUCGCAGCCUCGGUGCUGGAGCGGGGCUCCUGGAGGGAGGCUGGCAGUGGAGGAAGAAGGGAGGCGGGUAGGCAGAGCGAGCGAGAGAGCGAGCGAGCUGGGAAGGUGCCGGGCUUGGUCCGGCUUAGGGGAAGCGAGAGCCCGAGUGCGGCUGAGUGCGGGGGGCUUUGUAGCCGGCGGCGGCGGCUGUCGAGGCUGAGCCGGAGCAGCGGGCGCAGGCGGCGUUGGCGUUGGUGCCUGGGGGCGGGGGUGGGUGGUGGGAGGGAGGGAAGGCAGGAAGAAGGGGGGGUCGGAGGCAGUGGUGGCCGCUGCUCUAGCUGCUGCUGCGGCGCUUGACUCCCGCUCCGCCGGCCUCGGGGCUCCGGCUCGCUCCUCCCGGCGCCGCGCGCCCGCGCCCCCCUGGCCCCCGGGGCCUCGCUCCCCGCCCCCCGCGGUAUGUCGUGAUCCCGAGCGGCGGCGGUGGCGGCGGGUUUCAUGGGGCUGCUCAGGAUUAUGAUGCCGCCCAAGUUGCAGCUGCUGGCGGUGGUGGCCUUCGCCGUGGCGAUGCUGUUUCUGGAGAACCAGAUCCAGAAGCUGGAGGAGUCCCGCUCCAAGCUAGAAAGGGCCAUUGCGAGACAUGAAGUGCGCGAAAUUGAGCAGAGGCAUACGAUGGAUGGUCCUCGGCCAGAUGCAGCUUUGGAUGAGGAGGAAGACAUGGUGAUCAUUUAUAACAGAGUCCCUAAAACGGCAAGCACUUCGUUUACCAACAUUGCCUAUGACCUGUGUGCAAAGAAUAAAUACCACGUCCUCCAUAUAAACACCACUAAAAACAAUCCGGUGAUGUCCCUGCAAGAUCAGGUGCGCUUUGUGAAGAACAUAACUUCCUGGAAAGAAAUGAAACCAGGGUUUUAUCACGGACAUGUAUCUUUCUUGGAUUUUGCAAAAUUUGGUGUUAAAAAGAAGCCAAUUUACAUUAAUGUCAUAAGAGAUCCUAUCGAAAGGCUAGUUUCUUACUAUUACUUUCUACGAUUUGGAGAUGAUUACAGACCAGGCUUACGGAGAAGAAAACAAGGAGACAAAAAGACUUUUGAUGAAUGCGUGGCCGAGGGAGGCUCAGAUUGUGCUCCAGAGAAACUCUGGCUACAAAUCCCUUUCUUCUGUGGCCACAGCUCGGAAUGCUGGAAUGUGGGAAGCAGAUGGGCCAUGGAUCAAGCCAAAUAUAACCUGAUUAACGAAUACUUUUUAGUAGGAGUCACUGAAGAGCUCGAAGACUUUAUCAUGCUACUGGAGGCAGCUCUGCCCCGUUUCUUCAGGGGGGCCACAGAACUCUAUCGGACAGGAAAGAAAUCUCAUCUUAGGAAAACUACAGAGAAGAAGCUCCCCACCAAACAAACCAUUGCAAAGUUGCAGCAGUCUGACAUCUGGAAAAUGGAGAACGAGUUCUAUGAGUUUGCCCUGGAACAAUUCCAGUUCAUCCGAGCCCAUGCUGUUCGGGAAAAAGACGGGGACCUGUAUAUCCUUUCACAGAACUUUUUCUAUGAAAAGAUUUACCCCAAAUCGAACUAAGAACUCCAUGUUCCUACCAGAUCCAUGGACUUAAAGUUUGACCACGUCUCCUCCUUGGUUCUCAGUUCCCAAAUCCAGAUUGCCUGCAAGCCCUUGAGAUGAUUUACUCUUGAGCUGAGAUUUGGGCUAUGAAGGACAUCAAGCAAGUGGACGACUGGAGAUAUCAGCCUUCCAAGAAGCUUUAGCUUCAGAGCUUUUCUUCAGCCCAGCCUUUGGGUUGGGCUAAUAGCCUCUUGUCUAAAGAAAACUACACAUUUGUUUACCAAAAUUAACACACAGCAGAGUUCUAGUUGAUGGUAAGAUUUCAGAGAAGUAUCCACUACUCUGCUUUUGGUUCUCAGAGCGGUUGUCUUCACCCAAGACAUCCAUAAAGAAGAAACCAUCUGUCUCCCUCACCUUCCCAUGGAGAUUUGGACUAUAUGGUCUCUAAUGAAUAGUGUUAACGACUGGUUGGCCUCUCGUACUUUGUUAUUGUGAAUACUGUCAACUUAGAAUGUCCAAUAAUGUUUGCUGAGAAAUGUGGCUGCUGCUGUUGGAUUUGCCCACUUUUAUAUAGGUUUGAAUAAAAAGAGAAUAUCCAAUUGUGAGUGUUAAGAAGGAAUUAAACCCAAUAAUGUAAGCAGAUAGAGAAUCAAAACAGUAUUUCUCCCAACCCCAUUCCCCACCCCCAUUUCCUUACCAACCAUGGUUGGGAAAACUCAUCAAAGAAGGAUGUUAUUUUAGUUCAGACUUAUGCAUUGAUGUUAAAAGCAACUGCAUUAUCUAUUCCUCCCAAAAUGAUUUGUAAUGGAUACAUUGGCGAUUCCAUAUUAUAACUACUGGUGAGCUGUGGUAUGGUUGGGAUUUUCCUACUACUUCUAUACUUUUACCUGUAGAAUAUUUUUACUAAGGUGCUUUUUAAUGUGUUUUAAAGCAUUGCAUUUACAAAGGAGUCAAAUGCUGUAAAUAUCGCAUAUUUUAUGUAUUUGGACCAAAAGGCUAUGAGUAACUAGUUUAAAGUGGUUUUGCACCAAUUUUGUUAUGUCAAGUGAAAUCAUCCCAUCUAUUGUUCUAUUUCUCAUUUGGGUCAACUGACUGUUGGACAUAACUGAAAUGCACUUCAACAAUUCUGAAUGUUAAUACAGAAAGCACCAGGCAGACCAAGUGGAAGCAGGAGGUCAUAGUGCAAAGAGCCCUGGACUCAAGAGUCAGACCAUAGCGUGGGUUAUGGUCCUGGCUCCAGAAACACUAGCUGUGUGACUGUAGGCAAGUCACUCAAACUCUACGGGCCUCCAUUUUCUCAUCCAUAAAAUGUGGAUAACAAUACCUCCCCUACUUACCUCAUAGGGCUGUCAUGAGCAUCCAACAAAAUUGGUGAGAGCGCUUUGGAACUUGUAAAACGCCGUGGAACCAUAAGUCAUUAUAGAAGUUACUAAAAAAAAAAAGCAUUCGUAACAUGAAAUAUUGCACCAUUCAUUCAUCCUCCAUUCCGUGGCGGAAAGAGGGAGAAGACUCCAUCUGUAAGCUGUUUGGAAGAAAUACCCUGAACUUGCUCCUGAUUCAUGUUGGGUAGAAUUCUUCCCCCAUUGUCUUGCACUUCGUGUUUCGGCAGCUGUUGAAACGUGAGAUCACCUGGAGGAUUUUUAAACCUAUUAAGAUUCACAAACAGCCGUUUGGAUUCAGGAGGUGCCCAGUGUAAACGAAACAUGGUUAGCUGAUUGUGGGAAGGGCAGGGGGAAUAAAACCAAUUUUGUCAUCCAGAAUGUGAAAGAUUUUCCGGUUUUGUUGUACAGUCAUCAUCAAUGCAUAUUUUUCUGUUUACCAUUUCUAAAAUAUGUAUUGCUGAGUUUGACUUCCCUGUUCCCCAUUAGCUCUCUUCCCCCAUCUUGGAAAAGGAGCCUUCUGAUAAAAUGUUUUAAGUAAACAUGGCUAGGGAAUGCCUCACUCCAUCAUGUGAAAGCAUUUUGAAUGUUGCCCUAAAGAAUAUGUUUUCCUGUCAAAAAAGAGUACUGCAAUCAGGACAAAACUUGCAAAGACAUGUGAAGGAAAAAUGCAGGAGGGGGUAGGGUAUUGAAAAGAAACACUUAAAAAAAUUUAAUCAUGUCAGAAUGCUGCGAAGUCAUUGCUGGGUACGUGGUAUUUUUGACUAGUUUCAUUUUCCAUUUAUUUAUUGGCAGGAGAUGUGGCACACAAAUUGUUUCCUUGGCAACAGACAAAAAAUAUAGGGCCCCCCCUCCCCCAAGAAAACCUUCAUUUCUAAACGGGAACAGAUCUAAGAUGGAUCUGUCAUAAAGUUUACAUAAAUGCUAGCUCACAACCUUCAGAUGGGCAGCGCAUGACUAGAGGGCAAGCUGAGGGCAUGCAGGGGUGAACCAGCUCUUUCAUAUAACCGCAACACCCCUGAUGGCAUUAGAAGCAUCAUUAUGAACUAGUACUCCAGUGGCUUCAAAGAGUUGUACUCCGAAAAGGCCCUAACUUCCAUGUAAAGGGUAGCUUAUGGACCCAAAAGGUUUCUGCCACAGUUUCACAGAUUUCGAUGAUUGGGUUGCAUUCAAGUAAGUUCCUUCCUUUCCCUGAUCUAAUACACAGUUUUCAAAAUGGUGCCAUUUGUGGCAUCAUAUGUCCAGGAUGACUUAGGCAUGGUCCUGCCAGGAGUUAGGGGAGGAGGACUCAGUGACAUCUCAUGGUCCAGGCCAGCCCGUUUCUGCAAAUGCUGCAGAUUUCCUUAUGAUUCCAAAGCAGGGGACCGAGAUUUGUAAUAAAUGAAGUACCCUCAACUGCUGAAACAAUACUGUAUUUUUUUAAAGUGGCAAAUGUGGGUUUUUUCCAGCCUCUGCUCCUUGUCAGUAUUUUUGACCAUAGGGAGAUACUUUUUUUAAUAUAUGGAAGUGAAUUAACCACUUUGCAUUUUAAAAGACAAUGUUAUACGUUAUAUGUAUAUAUGUGUGUAUAUGUAUGUCUAUAUACAUAUAUAUGUUUAUUUCCUAGGAGAGGAAAAGAAACCUUUUUGUUCAAAUUGUUUUAACUUCUAUUUUCUAAUUGUUCCAAAAUGACAGCCGUCAAUAAAUUUGUGUGACUUUUCAACUCCGAUGAGGAGGGUCAUAUGGAUUUUGCCUAGCUUUAAUGUGUAAAAUAUCCCUUUACCUAAUAGUAAAAAUAAAAGAGAAUGCACAAGGAUUACUUUUAUAUCACCUGUGUAAACAAUAAUACAAUUUGCAGAAUUUGGGUGCCUCUGAAUUCCUGAUAAUCAGAUUUAAUCUAAUGAAAAAAUCAGAGUAUUUUCAAAGUAUCUGCUUUAUACGUUUUAGUUUUAUUUUCAUUUGGUUUUUUUUUUUUUCAGUUAAAUCUUGUCAUUUGAAAUCCGUAAUUGCUUUGUCACAUAAAUGACAUUGACAAAAAUCACUAAACUUGUUAGUGUUUUUUGGUGACAAACCACAUUUUUACAUUGCAGAUGAUUUUCUCAUUGUUUGCAUAAUUAAGAAGAACUUAGUUCCAUAGACAAUAAUAUUCUGUUGCUUUCUCUCCUCUCUCUCCCUCCUUUUUUGCAAAGCAGCUUUAGACAUGAGAGAAUUUAAAUAAACAGGUAAUUCCUAAAAUGGAUUCCUAUUAUUUGAACUUUAAAUCAAAUUUUGCAUUAAUGAAAUUUCUAGGACUCAGCUAGACUCCCAUUUGCUGUCUUCAGAAUGAAAACUCUGUGGGCCUCCAAUUCACAGCUUGUGAGAAGCAUCUCAUAGGCCCAUUUCAUGAGGCUCACCCUUGAGAGGUUGACACACCCCUGUCUUUAUGUUGUAAAAGUCUGCCUUUGCAGAAAGUCGUGCUGGGGCACUUCACAGGAAUUUUUUUUUUAUCAAUUUCCCUGAUAUUAAAAAUGGUUUGUGUGUGUGAUGCUGGCUACGGUAAGGCUCACACAGUCUGCUGAAAUGGCCUGUUGUUUCCAAUUCACUGCCAACUUAGCUCCUUCAAAGUGGAGCUUCUGACUACUGCCCAGUGGCUUGGAAUGAUGCUGGAUGGGCUAGCUGGACAGACAUGAUCUGGUGUGUUAAGCCCAUGCAGUUUGGUGACAUUCACAGCACUGUUCAUACAACAGGUCCUCCUGAUCAGGAUGCCUUUCUAGCACAUCAUUUCCAAACCUGUCCUUUAGGCAUCAGUGCUGUCUCCCAGGUUCCUUGAUGCUAUUUCCCUGCCUUUUGUCGUGAGAGUCAGAUGUGGGAGCAUCUCUAGCAGCAUCGAAUGUAACUUUGAGAAACAUGGAUUGUGCUUCGUGACUUUUAUUUUAAAACUACACAGACAGCUGAAUAGUGCCUUUUUUCCUCACAAUCCAUGUUGUAAGAUGUCCACUCCUCUCUCUGUCUCUUCCUUUCUCACUCCCUUGCUCCCUCCCUCAUCACAGAUUCAUUUGUGCAAUUACUAUUCCAACUUGAAACCAUUCUGUCACUUCUGUUGGAAAGAUAAUCACUUGUUCUCCUUAAUCCAGUGCCAGCUUUCUGUUGUUGAAGUGUUUCAGUUGAUUUCCUGAUGCAAAUGCUAUUAAAAUAAACAACCAGUGGGAAGGGAAAA